AUGGAUGGCUACUAUUUCAUUCAAAGUUACAUUUUUGGAAUAUCUCCAGUGAAAAACAAUUCUGGGAUAAAUAUUUCUGAUCCUCCAGUCCCAAGCAUAAAACCCGGGAUUGUAUUUGUGGAGUCGACUGACAACGUAGAGCCAACACCAUUAGUGGUGUGUUCAGUGGAGUCUGCAGCUCUAGGAAACCCAGACAAACCAAUCUAUUACUUCAUGAAGGGAUUCAGUGGCAACUUGAGCCAGUAUCCACAGCCUGCGUACAAAGGAAUCCCUUUGCUCUCCUCAGUGAGGAAUGUCACCAUUUUACCCUUGAAUGUCACUGAACUGUUUGAAGACACUCCAUUGAAAGGCUGGUACCAAAAGGUAAAUCCACUAAAGGAAAAGUUUUGGACUCAUGUGCUUGCAGAUGGUUGCAGAUUAGCGUUGAUCUGGAGAUAUGGAGGCAUCUACCUGGAUACUGACAUUAUAUCACUGAGGUCUAUGCUAUUUGAUAACUUUACCUGUCCACAAAGUCCAGCCGUUUUCAGUAACGGAGCAAUGGGUUUCCAGCAGAAGCAUCAUACCUUUUUGUGGAAUUGCAUGGAAGCUUUUGUGGCCAAUUACAUUGGACAUGUUUGGGGUCAACAAGGUCCUGAACUGAUUUCCCAUGCGCUGAAGAGAUGGUGCAAUACCAGUAAACCAGCCACCUUCAUUGGCAAGGAAUGCAAUGGCAUCUCUCUAUGGAUCACAGAUCGUUUCUAUCCAAUUCCAUAUCCACAAUGGGAGAGGUACUAUGCCCCCUGGAAAAAGGAGCAUAUAGAAUGGGCCUUUUCAGGUACAUAUCGAGCACAUGUCUGGAACUUUAUCAAUAAACAGAAGAAAAGAAAAGUUGUUGCUGGAAGUGGAUCAUUAAUGGAACAUUUUUUCCAGUUGCAUUGUCCAAAUACAUACAAAAAAUUCAUUCAAUCCAGUAAUAGUACAGCAUGA